AAAAUACUACUACAAAUGGUUUCAUUAGCCACCAGGGGAAACAUUCCUAUUGCUAGAACAGUUCAUGGGAAGGUGUAUACUAAUAGACUGGACAUCCCUGUGCCUUCAAAUAAAGGGCCAGGCUCAACCAUGUUGGACUUGAAGGAGAACAAAAAAUUGGGCUAUUGUAUUCACCCUGCUCUUAUGUAUAUACCUGACAGUAUUUCUGCAAGUAUAGAGCAACAGAUUAUUUGCAUGGGGAAUAAAAAAGCUAAGAGUACUGAAUUAGCUGGGCUGAAUGGGCAAAAACAUCCGCUGCUUAAGAAGGCAUUGAGUCGGUCCUUUGAUGAUAUAAUACAUGGGUGUGCAAAACAAAAGAAUCAUAUGCUUGCAAGGAAGCUUAUGUUACAGAUGAAAAAUCUUGGUUUGCAGCCAUCCAGACAUACAUAUAAUGGCAUUAUUAAAGUUGUUUCUCAUAGAAGCUUUGGGGAUGCCAUAAGAGUGUUGAAAAAGAUGCAGCAGAAGAAUUUGAAGCCAUAUGAUUCAACUCUAGCGUCACUUUCAAUCACUUGCAGCAAAGCACUACAACUAGAUUUAGCUGAGGCUUUUCUGAAUCAAAUUUCUGAAUGUCUAUAUCCAAAUCCUUAUAAUGCGUCAUGCAAUCAACUGGUGAGCUCAAAUGUGAAAGUUCAAAACAAAGUUAUGCAUUUUACCAUUUUAUUGUUUGCGAGACUAAUUAAUGUAACAUGCAUCUAA